CGAUAUUCAGUAAGGUGUUAGCAGUAAUUCGUGUAUUGGGAAAUAUUAAAAGAAAUUGUUAAGUAUGCCAAGUGAAAAGAAACGUAUCUGCAUCAUUGGGGCCGGAGCUUCCGGAUUAGGCUGUUUGAGAUACUUCACCGAGAAUCAAGAGAGGUUUGACGUAGUGGCUUAUGAACAAGGCUCAAGGAUAGGCGGAACAUGGAUAUAUUCUGACCAACGUGGUAGUGAUAAAAGUGGACAACCAAUCCAUAGUAGUAUAUACAAAUCCCUAGUAAUAAAUAUUCCAAAACAGAUUAUGGCCUUCCCCGAUUUCCAAUUCGAUUCCGACCUUCCAAGUUUUUUCGGCCAUAGCGAGGUUUUAAAAUAUCUAGAGAAGUACACAGAACACUUCCGGUUGCUACCUUACAUCUGGUUUAAUACAAGAGUAUUAAUGGUGAAACCUAAACAUAUCGGCGAUGGUCUGUGGGGAACUAAAUGGAAUGUUAACAUCGAACCAUUGAAUAACUCACACAACAGUCCAUCAUCGAAUGAUUUUGAUGCUGUUAUUGUCUGCACUGGUAACGUGGGUGGCAUGCUUCUUUAUAUCUUUAGCCAAUAUGCAGUACCAAACAUACCUGAUUACCCCGGCUUGAAGAAGUUUAAAGGAACUACCAUUCAUAGUCAUUCCUAUAGAAAUCCAGAGAUAUUCAGAGAUAAGUCGGUGCUUACCAUUGGUGCCUCAUUUUCGGGUUGGGAUAUAACCACAGAAGUUGCCUCAUUAGCCCAAUAUGUCUACUUCAGUCACAGACGGGAGCACAAACUUAGGCAUUUCCCAAAGAACGUUGAAUUGGUAAGCAGUGUUGAAGCGUUCACUAAAAACGCGGUGAUCUUAACAAACGGCAGACAGAUUGCCAUUGAUGCUGUUGUUUUUAAUACGGGGUAUAGGCAUAACUUUUCCUUCCUCUCGCCUGAUUGUGGAUUUGAAGUUACCCCGGACAACACCAUUAGGCAUUUAUAUAAGCAUACCAUAAAUAUCGCAAACCCCACUUUGUCUUUCAUCAGUAUACUCAACAACUCCUUGCCGUUUCCAUGCAUAUCUAUACUAGCCAGAUUUUUCAAGGCUGUCUUAGAGGAACAGAUUAAACUGCCUCCACGAAAGGAGAUGCUUUUAGCUGAACAAGAUGAGUUACAAAAACGUUUAGCUAGGAAUUGGCCCCCAAGAUAUCUCCAUAGGAUGGAAGAUUUUCAGUUUGAAAUGUGUGAUGAGAUUGCAAAUGAAAUUGGUAUCGAAACUCUUCCUCGCUGGAUUAAAAAAUUGUUUGAUUAUCACAUUGUAAAAUUAUUUGAAAAUAUCCAUACUGCUAAGAAAUAUAAUUAUAGAAUAAUUGAACCCGAUAGUUUCGAAAUAAUACCAUAA